AUGAGCGACGCGCACUCGGACACAAUGCAAAGACGCCAGCGUCUACAGAAUGCGUAUGGCCAAAUAGCACACAAAGGACCCGUUCCGGAGAUUGACUUCACUGUGCACACCACAGAAGAGGGCGAACAAGUCUCGACACAAGAACGAGUCAUCCGAGAUGUGCAAGCGCCGGCCUUCCACAAGCCGACGCCUGAGCAGUUCUGGAGCAAAAAGGAUCCCAGCAAGCCGGAUGUCCAGUUCCUCAAGAACCACUUUUACCGUGAAGGCCGCCUGACCGAUGAGCAGGCGAAGUAUAUCCUGACCAGUGCCACUGAGCUGCUGCGCGCUGAGCCCAACCUGCUCGAGCUCGAUGCACCGAUUACGGUGUGUGGUGACAUCCACGGACAGUACUACGACCUGAUGAAGCUGUUCGAGGUGGGUGGUAACCCCGCCGAGACGCGCUACUUGUUCCUUGGUGACUAUGUCGACCGUGGCUACUUUUCGAUCGAGUGCGUGCUUUACCUUUGGACGCUGAAGUUGUGGUACCCCAACUCGCUGUUCUUGCUGCGCGGCAACCACGAGUGCAGGCACUUGACCGAUUACUUCACCUUCAAGCUCGAGUGCAAACACAAAUACUCGGAAGAGAUUUACGACCUGUGCAUGGAGUCUUUCUGUGCACUGCCACUGGGUGCCGUAAUGAACAAGCAGUUCCUCUGCAUCCACGGAGGUCUUUCGCCGGAACUGCAAACGCUCGACGAUUUGCGUCAAAUCAACCGCUUCCGCGAACCCCCUACGCACGGCCUGAUCUGUGAUAUCCUCUGGGCAGAUCCUUUGGAAGAGUUUGGGCAGGAAAAGAUGAACGAAAGCUUCGUGCAUAACCACGUCCGUGGCUGCUCCUACUUCUUCACUUACAAUGCCGCGUGCCAGUUCCUGGAGCGCAACAACCUCUUGUCGAUCAUCCGCGCACAUGAGGCUCAGGACGCUGGGUACCGCAUGUACCGCAAGACCAAGGUAACGGGAUUUCCCUCUGUUAUGACCAUCUUCUCAGCGCCAAACUACCUCGAUGUGUACAACAACAAGGCGGCUGUGCUGAAAUACGAAAACAAUGUGAUGAACAUCCGCCAAUUCAACUGCACGCCGCAUCCCUACUGGCUGCCGAACUUUAUGGACGUCUUCACGUGGAGCCUGCCGUUUGUCGGCGAAAAGGUGACUGACAUGCUGAUUGCCAUUCUCAAUAUCUGCAGCAAGGAGGAGCUAGAGGAGGACGAGGAGGAGGAUUCGUCGCUCCUUAUUGAGCAGGACUCGCCUGCGCCUGCUCUCCCGAGCCCAUCGACGCCUACGACCGCCAGGCCAUCGGUCCAGGGCGACGAGUACCCGGAACGCCGCAUGGUGAUCAAAAACAAGAUUCUCGCUGUCGGACGCAUGGCGCGUGUCUUCUCGGUGCUGCGUGAAGAGGCCGAGCGAGUUUCGGAGCUGAAGGUGGCUUCGGGCACGGGCAAGCUACCCUACGGUACGCUGGCUCUCGGCUCGGAGGGCAUCAAGAACGCCAUCCACAACUUCGACGAGGCUCGCAAAGUCGACAUUGAAAACGAGCGCCUGCCUCCGGCGCUCAUCGACGCUAACCGGCGCGGGUCCGGUGCGCCGUCGACCGCUGCUCCGGCACUAGUCGACGCUUUGCCCACGGGACAUGGCGGUGUCGCAAGUACCAUGCCUACCAUGGAUCUGCAUCAGCCGCCCUCGCAUCAUCGUGGCCAUUCGCGUACGAGCUCGCUUGGCACGACCAUGUCCUCGCCGUCGAACCGUCGUCGUUCGUUGGAGUCGACUGUGAGCAUGAUUAAAGAGGCGCUGGAGCACAGCGAAUCGCCCUCCAAGUCCCGUAUGCCGGAGCAGUGA